AUGCCGAUCCUACCGCGCAGCGCCCCCCGGCGCGGUCUCAGCCCCUUCCCUCUGCCUUUCGUGUGCCAGUCGUGCCGGCGAUCCCAGCGCCAAUUCUCCGUGACGUCACGUCGCGCAAGUGCUACUGCUACUGCUCCUCCUCCUCCCCCUUCGUCCGGCUAUGCGCUGCUCACCUCCCGGCGCCUGAUCAGCCUCGCCGGCCCGGACGCGCCUAAGUUCCUGCAGGGCCUGAUCACGCAGCCCGUCAUCGACGAGCCCACCAUCGGCGCCGUCAGGCACCGGCUUCACGCCUCCUCGACUGCCUCCCGCACUAGCCUGGCCGCCGGGGCACCCGGCUUCUAUAGCGCCUUCUUGAACGCGACGGGCCGCGUGCUGCACGACGUGUUCGUCUACCGGGAUACGCUGGGCAUCAGCGCGGGCGCGGGCGCCGCGGAUGGGGGGAACGCUUUCGUCGUCGAGGUGGAUGCUGGGCAGGUAGAUACGCUGGCGCACCAUAUCAAGCGGUACAAGCUGCGGAGCAAGCUCGAGUUCCGGGUGCUGGACGAGGGGGAAGUCGCCGCGUGGCAAGUGUGGGAUGGAUCCUCUUCUUCGCCUUCUCUGCCCGAACAAUCGCCACUAUCCCGGCUAAAGGACAGCAUCGUGUUACCGGACACGCGCGCCCCGGGGAUGGGAUAUCGGGUCCUCCGGCGCGGGGGAGGAGGAGCAGAUGACGGACUAGACCUAGACCUGGCGCGAAGCGACGACGACGCCUACCGCGUACGGCGCUAUCUACUAGGCGUGCCGGAGGGCCAGGCGGAGAUCCCGCGCGAGCACGCGCUGCCGCUCGAGUCGAACAUGGACCUCAUGGGGGGCAUCGACUUCCGCAAGGGGUGCUACGUGGGGCAGGAGCUGACGAUCCGGACGCGGCACCGCGGCGUCAUACGCAAGCGCAUACUACCCUGUCUGCUGUACCCGGCCUCUGGUCCCGGCUCCUCCUCCAAUCCGGAGAAGCUCGAAUACGCACCUUAUAUCGCUGCCGGGGAAGAGGGCGAGGGCCAGGGAGAGGGCGAGAAUGAGAAGAAGCAACAACAACACCUGUCGGCGGCAGAUGUUCCGUCGAAUCUGAGUAUAGGCCGAGAGCGCGUCAAGGGCCGCAGCGCGGGCACGUGGCUCCGCGGCGUGGGGAAUGUCGGCCUCGCGCUGUGCAGGCUGCAGAUCAUGACGGACGUCGAGCUGCCGGGGGAGACGGCGGCCAGAGCACCGUACGACCCGGCCCGCGACGAGUUUGUCGUGAAGUGGGGCGAGGACGAGGAGGGUAAUGGAGGACAGGCUGUUAAGCUCACGGCGUUUGUGCCGGACUGGAUGCGGGAGAGGUUACCUAUGUGGUAG